CCUGGAAUGCAAGAAGGAAAAAACCUUAGAACUUUAGACACAAAGGUCUUCAAGAGAGAGAAGACUACCUGAAGUCAGAGGACACACAAUAUCAUGGAAAUUUAUUUGUGGAAGAUUGUGUGUGUAGUAUGUGCUCUACUCCUUAAUGCUACAGGCUUACUCUCCCAGCUGGAUGUGUGUGGUCGGCCUCCACUGAACACCAAGAUUGUGGGUGGUGAAGAUGCUGCUCCUGGGUCCUGGCCUUGGCAGGUCAGCAUUCAGUCAGGAGGCUUCCAUUUCUGUGGUGGCAGCCUGAUCAAUGAGAACUGGGUCUUAUCGGCUGCUCACUGUUUCCAAAGCAUUACUGCACCUGAAAUCACAAUCUAUCUAGGAAUGGAAAGUCUGGAGGGAACUAACUCUAAUAUGCAGAAAACAGGCACUAGUAGCAUUAUUAAUCACCAAGAGUAUAACCCUACCACCCAUGACAAUGAUAUUGCACUAGUCCAGCUCUCCUCUUCAGUUAAUUUCACCAAUUAUGUCAUGCCAGUGUGCCUUGCAGCAAGCAACAGUUCUUUUCCUGGUGGUACUAAUGUCUGGGUCACAGGAUGGGGUAAAAUUGCAUCCAGCGUGAAUCUGCCGUUCCCUAAAACCCUGCAGGAGGUGCAGGUGCCGAUUGUCAGUAACAGUGACUGUGCAAAAGCAUAUGGAUCUGGCUCUAUCACAGACAAUAUGAUGUGUGCUGGCUUAACUCAAGGAGGAAAAGACUCAUGUCAGGGUGAUUCUGGAGGUCCACUGGUGGUCAAGAUCGGUGGAACAUGGGUUGAGGCUGGGAUUGUGAGCUUUGGCCAUGAAUGCGCUUUGCCUAAUUUCCCCGGUGUGUACACCAGAGUGUCUCAGUAUGAAGACUGGAUUAACAGCAAGAUCAGCAACAAUCAACCUGGAUUUAUUCAAUUCUCAAAUGGCAAUCAUGGCUCCCCCAACCUCUUCUGUCUGUUCCUUUCUUCUUCCAUCAUCCCAUUCCUCCUCUCCCUCUACAACUCCUAGUGAUAUCAGUCAAAUUAAACAUACAAGCAAAACAAAAGGAGUGAGUUAACAUUACUAUAUUAUAUCAAUGCCUUACACAAGAUCCAUACUUAGCUUUUAUCUGUAGCUUUUACUUAAGUACUUAACGGACAUAUGUCAACUUAAUUUUCUACAAAUCUCUUGAUUUUUGGGUGACAGCAAUUCAUAAUGUGAAGCUUUCUGUAACAGAACGACCAAGCCUAAUGCAAUAAUAUUGUGAAGUGUCAUGAUUUAAUAAACAUUUGAUACAGUAAUUAAUGUUUUUUGUACAUAAUGUAGUGAGGUAUUACAUUAUAUGUGGUUUAUUACAUUAUACAUUGAGUAGAAAAAAUUAACAGCAGAAUGCUACUAUACCAACUGUACACCUGUACCAACAUGACAAAUCAAAUCUGGCCCUCGAGGUCCACUGUCCUGCAAAGUUUAGCUCAAACCCUAAUCAAACAUACCUGAACAAGCUAACCAAGGUCUUUGGAAUUACUAGAAAAUUACAGGCAGGUGAGUUUGGAGGUUGGCGCUAAACUCUGCAGAUUCAAAGAACCCUCUAAUAGAUCAUGCUUCACUGUUGCCAAUAUCAAAUGUAGUAACAUUUUAAAUAAUAAACAUAAUUACUGUAAAACUU